CCAGAAAAUACAAGUGUUUAUUAACAGCUGUCCACGUAAAAUACUUCGGAUCCGUUGGUCAGACACUAUCAACAACAACCUGCUGUGGGAGAGAACAAACCAGAUUCCAGUGGAGGAAGAAAUCAGGAAGAAGAGCUGGAAGUGGAUAGGGCACACGUUGAGGAAAGCAGCGAACUGCGUCACAAGACAAGCCCUCACAUGGAAUCCUCAAGGUCAAAGGAAAAGAGGAAGACCAAAGAACACAUUACGCCGAGAAAUGGAGAUAAACAUGAGAAAAAUGAACAAUAAUUGGAGGGAACUGGGAAGGAAGGUCCAGGACAGAGUGGGUUGGAGAGUGCUGGUCGGCGGCCUUUGCUCCAUAGGGAGUCACGGGCGUAAGUAAGUAAGUACACAAUCGCUCGCAGCCUACCAAAUAAAAUGGCGGAGCUCAAGACAGUGAUGGAUAUAGAAAAACUGGAUGUCUCAGAAACAUGGUUGACGUCAGAAGUGUCCGAUAAUGAAAUUCAGUUGACUGGUUUUUUAUCCAGUAGGGCCGAUAGAUCAAACCGCAGGGGAAGCGGGGUUAUCUUGUACAUGAAAAGUACUCUUACCAUACGAGAGUGGUACAUGAUUCAGGACGAUGUGAUUUGAUAUGCUGCAGACUGAAAUGUAGACGGCAAGAUAUUGAAUUAAUCGUAGUAUAUCUCAGUGCAGAAUGUGUAGUAGAUGACUUCCUCCUAAGUCAUCUUAAGUCCUGGUGUAACAAGGGUAAAAGCCUUAUAGUAGGCGACUUCAAUGCACCGAAUAUAAACUGGGUAAACUCAGAAUUAGGAUCAUCCAAAACUUCAUUUGAUUGCAAACUGUUAGAAACCUCAAUUGGUUUAGCUUUAUUCCAGCACAUUAGAGAUCCCACAAGAUAUGAUUUACGAAACUCCUCUUUCGGAUUUAGUCUUCACACAUGGCAAGUGAUUGAGUAAAAAAUUGGACGGGCAUUAAAGCUCACUAGGUUAGGACUGACUUCGACCCUUUAUCUUUUAUCAUCGAGGCAAACAUCUUGCUGAGAUAGUUCAAACAAAUUCCCAGGAAUCUUUCAAGAGGAAACUUGACGUAUUCCGUCGGAUUUAGUCUUCACACAUAGUGAUGACGUUGGUCAAAUGACUUUUGUUAUGGAUGCAGAAUAAUGUGCCAAUCAUUAUCAUGUUAAGUCUAAUGAUGUCCUUGGACGUUAAAUGGACAUUUCCUAUUGGCCAUUAUUUACUUCAUCCGUUAAAUAUUGUGCAAAUGUUGUUUUCUAUUUUUAUGGUACGAUGUGGUAUGUUUGGUUACUAUAUAGCGACUCACGUGCAAAUGGGUUUAUUCUCAUUUAACUCGGUUAAGCCCUUUUGCUAACUUAUCUAGCGGACAAAGCCAUCCGCACUAUAACAAUUUAUUGCACCCUUAUUAUUAUUUUGUUCUUGUAUGAAAUACGCAUGCUUGAAUAUUGCUUACGGCCUACGCAUUUAUUCACUCUGCUAGUCUCACUACUAACCGCUUAUUUGAUUCGAUUACUCAUUAAUUUCACAUGCUAUAGAUAUGUCCAUGUUAUUCAUAUGGCUGACUCUGCUUUCUCGCUCGCUUGAUUGUACUCGAUUGCUUAUAUUCGCUCAGUCGCUCGCUUGCCUGUUUGCCGUUCGACACAACUCUUAAUGCUCGUUUAAUGCAUCUGCAAUUUUGGACAUCUGUGUGUGUGGUCUCGAAAUAAACGUAAUCAACGCUUCGUAUUCGCCUUCUGAAUAAUAUACCGUUGGGGUUAAAUAGGACGGUUAUCAAGACGACUUGUAUACGAAGUUUAAGGGAUAUAUCGAAUACCGACCACCACAUAAUUGGCGAUCCCGACGCGCGAACACGAAACAAUCUUCGACGACGUAAUCCAAUUCCUAAAAUCCAACGUACUCGAUUACAAUUGUAACUAUCAUUUGGAUUAUAAUUAUAACUGUGGAUUUAUUAUCUCAUUAUUUUAAUUAUACGUACAUUAUCUCACAAACAUUAUAGAACAUAACGAUAAUAUUCAUAAUAAACAACGAUAUUUUUACAAACAAUUGAUAUUUUGGUGCAAUUUAGUAAGUCCGUUCUUUGUUAUAAAUUGUACCAUUUGUUUUUAUCAUUGUUUUUAUCGACUCACUUUUCUCUGUGACAUUCGCAUUAUAUUCGUGUACUUUUUGAUCUUUAUAGAUAUGUCUUUAAGUAACGAUACAAUAGAACUUUCCUUAACGCCGUCCGUGAGGUCCAUUAAUGUAACUAUUCCUCCUUUUAAGGUCACAGAUCCUCAACUUUGGUUUAUCAGACUUGAACAUUACUUUGUAGUUAAUCGUGUUCAUACACAGCGAGAUAAAUUUGACCACGCGAGCUCGCUACUUCCAGAUGAAGUAGCAGAUAAUGUACGAGAGAUUUUAAUCAAGCCAGACAUAGAAAAGCCAUACGAUGCAUUAAAACAGGCAGUGAUUAAAGCCGUCUCAUUAAGCGACCGGCAAGCCAUCGAACAACUUCUCAGUCAAGUGCAGAUAGGAGAUAGGACUCCAUCUCAACUAAAAAACUACGUGAGAAGCAUAAUCGAUGACAGAAAAGUAGAUAAAAACAUAUUUUAUCAGUUGUGGUUACGACGACUUCCAGCGAACGUGCAGCAGAUUCUUGCGGUUGAGGACAGCGAUGUCGAUAUAGACAACAUUGCUAAAAUAGCCGAUAGAAUUUAUGAGAGAAUGAAACAAACGAGUCCGCAAAGGCAUAGUACUGUAAUGGCAUUUGACCAUAACCACACAAGACUACUCAGAAAAUAGAUAUUCAAUAUUUAACACGGAGAAAUGCCUAAGAAUGGAGAAGGCGCGAACAAUGAAUUGAAUGGACUGGAGUUGAUCGGAUGGCAUGGCUCGACCAUGCAGGCGUGGUCCCUCUGAAUGUUACCUUAUAUCUUCUAUUCAUAUUAAAUAUAUUGUUCUUUCUCUAGCCUAACCUUGUUCUACAUCAUGUAUUGGUAAUUGAUACGUUGCAGUGAGUUGGUGUAGUCGAUGGUGUGACUUCCACGAUUAGGUCUAUUAUUAGAGCAGUACUAAUAUCAUAGUAGACCAUAGUUCUACAUUGGUGAGCCCAACUAAAGAAACGCAACUUAUUAUUAUUAAUCCUUAUUUUCACUUCAACUUUCUCGAUCGAUUUUAUAUUUAUGUUAACCCUGUAUUCUAAUAGUCCUCUGAUUAAUGCUCACAUGCAUUAUCGUAACGUUAUAUUGAUUAGUCCUCAUGACACACUAGCUCAAUAGAUAAAAACUGGUCGUGUUUUUAUAACUAAUUAGCUUUGAUGGUUUGUUAACAAGCUUUAAUAGCAUUUACAUGCUUCAGCGACAUAGUCUUGUUUAAACAUCAAGCUCUAGCAAUUAUGACCUGUAAAUAGCGUAAAUAUACAUUGACUAACAAUGCAACCAAGGACUAAAUACUUGUGUAGUGACUCACAUUUAUCACGAGAACACGACUGGUUUAAUAAAAACAAUUAUUAUUAUAACCAACUGUACCAGUGUUUGUUUUAACGUGCUUUUGUUUGACUGUGCUAAUUAUAGCCAUUUUGUGCUUCCAUUACCUUCCAUCAUUGUUCCGCGGUUUUUGGUACUGUUCGCACGUACUCCUUUCUUCUGCUUUCGCUUGUACCAUUCCUUGGCACGAUCUCGGUAUUCGUUCAAUACCACGAGAUCGCCAACGAAAUAAAUCUGGUUACGUUCGAUCCUCGCCUUCUGAUUUAUCUGGCACGUGUUUCUUGGUAGCGGUGUUCACAGUUAAUCUCAACUCGACACCACGCUACAAUUGGUAAUCCCAAAUCGAAUACAAUUGGUGACCCGUAUUUUGGAACACGCCUCAGCUUCUGGUCAAAUCUUCCAAAGAAGCCAAUUCGGUGAGUCUAUGAUUUAUCUAUCCACGUCUGUCGUAUAUUUUCAUAUUUAAUAUAUAAUAUACUCGACAUGACGGAUAACGAUAAGAAUAGUAUUAAUAUAAUAGACUCACAUGUAUGUGUACCGAAUCCUUGUCACUUUAUUCGCGUGACGAUGAAUUCCACGCUUUAUUCGAGAAAUUUCCCCCUAUUAACUAUUCUCCUCGCUGACCCGGCUGUUUGGUACGGAAUGCAUUCGCAUAAGCAUUAACGUCUACCUCCCAGCAUCAAAUGGUUAAGUUGAACGGUUUCACUGCCAACUUAAAAGUGCUCUACGAGCACACGAGAACGACAACUGGUACGAAACCUUAUCGCUCGUCCUCUAAGGUAUUCAAACGAGCCUGAUGGCAGAUAUACAAUGUUCCGCCGCUGAAAUGGUAUGCAGCACGACAUUGCGUCUGCCCGGAGAAUUCUUCACACCACGGAGCAGACCUAAUUUCGGUAAAUCAGACAACGUCCGUCGACUGUCUGCAUUUAUGUGAACGCUUUCUCCGGUGUCAACUCGAAUACAACAUCGACAGGUCGCUCUCCCUCGAGAGUUAUCUACCUGUUCACAUGUUUUUGUACGAGUAGAUUCGGUACGCAAACCUUGGCAACAACCUUACGAAGGCCCUUUUCACGUGAUCGCUCGUCACGAAAAGACCUUCAAAGUUGAUCGAUAUGGACGCGUCGAGAUCGUCAGCAUUGAUCGUCUCAAACCAGCACACGUCGAUGACAGUGCCCUAUCUGACACCCUGAGAUUCAAUGCUAGACCUAUCAAACCUAGCGGGAUCCUUAAAUCUUCUUCAGGUCCCACGCUAGAUGCAUGUGAGACCUCAUUCUCACGUCCCGGUCAACAGCACGCGUCAUCUGCACCGUCUACGGACGAGACGACAGUCUCACGUCCAGAUCAGCAGACCACGCCGCCUCUGACUUCGGAUGAGAUUGCAGGCUCACACGACGCGAACGAGACUGCCGUCUCACGUUCCGGUCGCCGAGUACGGUUACCCGUACGCUUCCGCGAAUAGUCGCACAGUCAACAACCGAUACGGUGUAGGAUUAUUCCUAUACUACACGUAUGCUACACUCUUCUUUUUUUGAUUUUCUUUUUGUUUCCUGAGCCCACGCCUUCGACCAUCUCCGUUUGGUUCCGUCGACUUCAGUCAACUUUGGCGAAAGCUGGAUUGGCCACCCAUGCUCUUGUCAACGCACUCAGUCGAUAUAUUGGUUUUGAAUGCUUGGCAUAAGCUUGGUCGUUACGGUCGCUUCUGGUCUUUUGGCUCAACGUGGUUUCGUCCUACGUCUGCAGCGUUUCUGGUGCGCACCUCUACGAACGCCCUCUUCAGAUUCUGGAUACAAACCACCCUAGUGUAGCAUGCCAACUCAAGCAAUACAUACAGCACAUCGCUCCUGGCACCGUUCUCUGAAAACAACCUUCGUUGGCAACUCGACGAUCAACGAUCGCUUUCCUGUUCGCCAAUUCUUCCGUCCUACAAUCGCUCGUCAGCCGAUCAGUCCCACGAUUUAAACCUCUAUUUAUCGAAAGUGUUAACCCUUUCUAGCGAAGGGCUCCUGUAGUGACUCACAAUUAUCACGAGAACACGACUGGUUUAAUAAAAACAAUUAUUAUUAUAACCAACUGUACCAGUGCUUGUUUUAAUGUGCCUUUGUUUGACUGUGCUAAUGACAGCUAUUUUGCGCUUCGUUUCUCUUACUUACACUUUGAUUGUAACUUCGCGCGAACUCGGUUACGUUCUGUAACCAAGCUUGUAUUCUGACACGAUCUCGGUAUCCUUUCGAUGCCACGAGAUCGCCAGCGAAUACAUCUCGAUUUGGUCCAUUAAUUGCCUUCUGGUAUUUGGCUUCUCGGGGAUUUUAUGGAGUCAUUUGGAACGAGCUUCUUACGCCUUCUGAUCUAUUUGGCACGUGUUUCUUGGUAGCGGUGUUCAUAGUUAAUCUCAACUCGACGCCACGCUACACUUGUCUGGAUCUAAUUAUCUGUGUUCCUUCACCUAACACCUCUUGUAAUAUCUUUUCUUCCGACCACUGCCUGCCUAAUUUCAUAUUCUCGAGUUCCACUGCCAAACAACAAGGGUGACACUUCUCCAAAAAAAUACGAUGGCUCAUUCAAUGGCACACACAAUUAUCUGGAUUCAUUCAGUUGUUCUGAUCAGAGUGAGUCCCAAAAACCUCGACAGCAUCAAGCACCCUGGAAGUGAUUGCCAUACUGCAUGUUUUAUCCUGGAUACUUUCGGAUCAUUACUACUCACGAAUGGCGUUAUGUAUGUCGUCCACUGAAUAAUCUAAUUUUCAAAAAUAACCCAGGCGAGUUCAACUAUUUUACUUAAUG